GAGUUUGCAAAGAGCUGCUUUGUGUUUGGUAUUUUGAGAAAAUGGCCGAAUGCCUAUUUCAGCCAGGAAUGCCGCCGCCGAGGCAGCGCUGGUGGCAGCCGCACGUAGGAAUCCCUGCAGCUCGCUGGGCUUCGGGGCUUCGCCGGGAUGGGCUUCUGACAAACGUUAAAAUUCCUUUAGGGAUGGGAGGUAGGGUUUGGGGGACUCUUAAGGAAAGUCGAUGUUUGGGUAAAUUACCGAGUAGCCCGGACUUCCUUGGGACAGCGUUUGCCCUCGGUUUGUUUUCUGUGAUGGCAUUUGAUUCCAACUUUUGUUGGUACGUAUAACUCAACCGGUUUGUGUUCAUGAACUUUGGUGAAACGGCGUACUUUUUGUAUUUUGGGUUAAACUUUCUUAGUUCUUGCCACUUAUUUUGCCUUUUCUAAUUUGCAAGAGAACACCUACUUUGAGAAUAGUACCUUUGGAAAGGAACCUGGUUAGGACGAUUUAAAAGCCCAACAUAUUUUGAAGAAGGUGAUCUUGUAAUGGCUUCCACUAGGCAAGUAGGCCAAGUCAAACAAUGCAAGAAAGUUGCUGAUUGUCGAGUUGAGUUGUAUGAUUAUUUUAUUAGGUGGUUUGAAAAGUUCUUUAGUUUCAUUUGUGAAGUUUUGAGUACACCAAACUUCCUUUUCCACAGGAAAAAAGGUCCGUAAUUUUUUCCCCCUUUAAACAGUUCAAAUUAACAAAAAAAAAAAAACCCUCCCCAAACCUUAAGUAGUACUUUUUCACUGUAGUUUACUCUUCUGGAGUUAGUUGAGGUAAUGUGAAUUUCAGUUCAGUUGACCAAUUUAUUACAGGCUUCUACUUUCUAGACAUGUUUGCCUGGAUUCUGGAUUUCCCACUUUUCUGAUUCAGACCAGUAAACGUUGAAGGGGGAAUUGGAAGGCUAGCUGUUUACUAUCAUGUAUUAAAUUUUAAAAGUAACUUUAAUACUUAAUAUUAAAAAUGAAGGAAAAAAAAAAAUGAAGGCUACAGUUUUGUUUUUGCACCAGAGAAACUAAGUGCUUGUCAAUGGUAGACCUAGUUGAUGGAUGAGUUAUGUCAAACAAUUGAUAGAAUUUUUCAGAAGGGUAAUAGAAAUUUUUUUGGUGAUGCAGUGGAGAAUUCAAAAUUACAAAAAGAUUUUAAAGGCUUAUUUUUUAAUAGUUAAUGUUGAUUGAGUUAGAGAUUAUGUUGGAAAAUGUAUUUUCUAAAAGUUAUGAAGAAUUAUAGUGAUGCUUUGGUUUUAGACCAGUAAAAGUUGUGUUUAAACUGGUGCGUUUGUGUUUUUUGUUCUGUUUUGAAUUCAGAAUACAGUUAUGGCCACCCAGGUAAUGGGGCAGUCUUCUGGAGGAGGAGGGCUGUUCACCGGCAGUGGCAACAUUGGCAUGGCCUUACCUAACGAUAUGUAUGACUUACAUGACCUCUCCAAAGCUGAAUUGGCAGCUCCUCAGCUCAUCAUGUUGGCAAAUGUAGCCUUAACUGGGGAAGUAAAUGGCAGCUGCUGCGAUUACCUAGUUGGCGAAGAAAGACAGAUGGCAGAAUUGAUGCCUGUUGGGGAUAACAACUUUUCAGAUAGUGAUGGAGAAGGACUUGAGGAGUCUCCUGAAAUAAAAGGUGAACCCAAUGGACUGGAAAACAUGGAACUGGAAAGUUUGGAACUCACUGUUGCAGAACCACAGCCUGUGUUUGAGGUAUCAGCUGCCCCAGAAAUUUACAGCUCCAAUAAAGACCUUCCUCCUGAAACACCUGGAGCAGAGGACAAAUGCAAGAACUUGAAGACCAAACCCUUCCGUUGUAAGCCAUGCCAGUAUGAAGCAGAAUCUGAAGAACAGUUUGUGCAUCACAUCAGAGUUCAUAGUGCCAAGAAGUUUUUUGUAGAAGAAAGUGCAGAGAAGCAAGCAAAAGCUAGGGAAUCUGGCUCUAACACUGCUGAAGAGGGAGAUUUCUCCAAAGGCCCCAUUCGCUGUGACCGCUGUGGCUACAAUACCAAUCGAUAUGAUCACUAUACUGCUCACUUGAAACACCACACGAGAGCUGGUGAUAAUGAGCGAGUCUACAAGUGCAUCAUUUGCACGUACACCACAGUAAGCGAAUAUCACUGGAGAAAACACUUAAGAAACCAUUUUCCAAGGAAAGUAUACACAUGUGGAAAAUGCAACUAUUUUUCAGACAGAAAAAACAAUUAUGUUCAGCAUGUUCGAACUCAUACAGGAGAACGACCAUAUAAAUGUGAACUUUGCCCUUACUCAAGUUCUCAGAAGACUCAUCUAACUAGACAUAUGCGUACUCAUUCAGGUGAGAAGCCAUUUAAAUGUGAUCAGUGCAGUUAUGUGGCCUCUAAUCAACAUGAAGUAACUCGCCAUGCAAGACAGGUUCACAACGGGCCUAAACCUCUUAACUGCCCACACUGUGACUACAAAACAGCAGAUAGAAGUAACUUCAAAAAACAUGUGGAGCUGCAUGUUAAUCCACGGCAAUUCAAUUGUCCUGUAUGUGAUUAUGCAGCUUCCAAGAAGUGUAAUCUGCAGUAUCAUUUCAAAUCUAAGCAUCCUACUUGUCCUAAUAAAACAAUGGAUGUCUCAAAAGUGAAACUGAAGAAAACCAAAAAGCGAGAGGCUGACUUGCCUGAUAAAAAUAAUACCAAUGAAAAAACAGAAACAGAGCAGACAAAAAUAAAGGGGGAUGUAGCUGGAAAGAAAAACGAGAAGCCUGUAAAAGUGGAGAAAAAAGAUGCUGUUUCAAAAGAGAAAAAACCGUGUAGUAAUGCUUCGAUCCAGGUGACUACCAGAACUCGCAAAUCAGCAAUGGAAACUAGAGAGCUGGAUGUGCACACAGGAACCAGUUCAGAAAAAAACUGUAAAACCAAGAAAAGCAAAAGGAAGAUGGAACCCGGAGCCCAUUCUUUACAAGAUCCUGUUAAUGACGAGGAGCCUGUGACAAAAAAGAAGAAGACAGAAAAACCCAAAAAUAGUCCGGAAGUACCAAAGGGUGAGAACAAAGCAGAGGAGAGUAAAAAGCAAAACACUUGCGUGAGAAAAAGUACAAAGAAGAAAAGCCUGAAAAGUAAAGCAGGUAGAAAAGGCGGCAAGCCUGCCCCGAAGGAGCCUGCCCUGAAGGAGCCUGCCCCGAAGGAGCCUGCUCCGCCCGCCCCGCCCGCUCCCGCGGCGGCCGAGAAGGCGCCUGUGCCCGUGGAGGAGCCGCCUCCCGUGGAGCCGCCGCCUCUUGCGGAGCCUCCAGUUCCCAAAAAGUCUCCUCGAAAAGAUAAUAAAAAGGAAAAGUCUAAGGCGCAGAGUGAAAUGGCAAGGAAGGAGCAGGUCCUCAUUGAAGUGGGCUUAGUGCCCGUUAAAGACAGCCAGCUUCUCAAGGAAGGUGCAGGCGCGCCGGAUCGCGCACCGGAUCGCGCACCGCCAGCACUGUCGUUGCCAAAGGGACACGCAGAAGAGGGGUCAGAAGACCAAAAAGCUCUCGCCGAAUGUGGAGGAGCUCAAGACGCAGAAGCAGAAGAGGCAGAGAAGAGCCUAGCCGGUCUUGCUGCUGUUGCCAAGGAGUCUGCCAACAUUUCCUCCUCUGAACAAAACUUGAAUGUGCUGGAGGGUGAAACUUUAGAUGGUAAACAUCAGGCCGACGCAAGGCUUUGCGAAAUGGAUACGGAUACAGAUGAGAACAAAACAGAGAAUCCCCCUGGGAAAGACUCAGCAGUCGGAGAACCAGUUUCACCACUGCUUCCCCCCCAGCCAACAGAAAAACCAGAAGCAGUGUCUAAAACUGCUGUGGCAUCACCUCCUGUUACCAUGGCAGUAAAUGAGUCUCAGGAAAUGGAUGAAGAUGAAGGCAUCCACAGUCAUGAUGGAAGUGACCUCAGUGACAACAUGUCAGAGGGUAGUGAUGAUUCUGGACUAAAUGGGGCCCGGCCAGUUCCACAAGAAAGGAGUAGGAAAAACGCAGAGGAAGCCUUGACAGUCAACAAGGUGGCUGAGGGAGACUUUGUUUGUAUCUUCUGCGAUCGGUCUUUCAGAAAGGAAAAAGAUUACAGCAAACACCUCAAUCGCCAUUUGGUUAAUGUAUACUUCCUCGAAAAAGCAGCUAAAGGGCAGGAGUAAUUAAACUUUGGAAAGGUUUCAGUUCUUAGUUUGUAAGAUCCUAUUACAUUUUAUAUUCAUUUAUACUAGUAAACCUUUUAAUUUUAAAAUUGCUUUAAUUAGUGUCCAAUGUUGAUUUUUAAGUGGCACUCUUUUUCUUAGGACUCUGUAUACCUAUUGUAUAAAUUUUAGCAAAUCCAAGGGAGUAAGUGUACUAAACCAACAGACACCUAAAUCUGUUAGCUUACGCAUUUAGUUGAAGCUAGGCGGCUAGCGUGGUGUUACAGCAUUCUGUUGCUUUGUCUAGCUGUAACUUGUCAGUAUCCCCCUCAUGUCUGUCUUCCUGAUUCAGUUUAGUUUAUUCUUAGUUUCUUGUUUAGCUCUAUAAAAAUUGGCAUACUUAAAUAGCAAAUUACUUGAAGAAUUUGCCUGCUUUAUAUAAAGUUAGCACUUUAAAAUUUUUUUAGAGAUGAGAAGAGACAUUUAAAUUGAAGAAAAAUUCUCCAAACAAUGGACAAUGUUUCAGUCCAGGUAUUUCCUGAGUAUUGAUCAAUAUUUCUUAUUUGUGUAUGUUAAUCGUCAUAAAAACUGAUUUUGGUGUUUCUUUUUAUUUUUUAUUUUGGUGCUUUAAUGGCUUAAGAUAUUGCACAUUGUGUUCUUUUAACCUAUGCAGUUAAAAUUUUUCCUAGAAAUAGCAUUUAUGUCGAACAGUAACACUUUAUACACAUAAUGCAUGUUUGCUUUGUCCUCUUUGGAGGGAUGCUGUUAGUCUUGUUUUGCAAAAGGGCAGUUUUUCUUUUGCUGCAAUUGUCUUUUUUUGCAGAAUAUUAGUGUGUGCAAGUUUGUGAGCAAAUGAAACAUACAGGUUCAAGUUAUUGAUUUUGGUUUUUACAUCUUAUAUCUAUGCCAGAUCUGUAUUUCAUAUAAGUUAUUUAUUUUAAAUGGGUGUAGUAAAUUUACAGCUCUCAGUUUGAACUUCACAAUAAAUGAACCACUAGGCUCUAUUGAAUGGAUUUUCCCCUCAAAUACCAACCAUAAGUAAAAGUUAUUGGCCUGUUUUAGUACAGCUACUACUUAAAUGUACAGUGUUAGGUUGUAUCUUUGAGGAAAACCUUUUUUCAUAGAUGGUUGGUGUCCGUAUGUCGACUCAGCCGAGUAAAGAAUUAUAAGUGACAUUUGGAAACUGCAAACCUAGAUUUUGGAGACAUAAAUUGUACAGAAUAUCAGUUGUGAGAUUCCAAAGCCAUAGCAAUUAUACGAAAAACCUAGGAUGAGACAAAGGUAGUAUGAGUGCUGGUAGACCAGCUGCUACUUCCUAUGAAUAUAAUGAAAAAGGCUGGUGAACCUUAAUUACGGUCCGCAUUUAAAAAUCACACUUUCUCAGGGAUCUCCACAAAUGAGUGGGUUUCCUGGCUGUCCUGGGGACAGCCUCUUUCUACAGGUGAGGCCUCAAAUGAAUUGCAGCUAUCCUGGUGUUCCUAUGGGGAUACUCUGUAUGAAAAAUAGUGUGUACUCACAAACUUUUUAGGUAGAUUCUUUGGCCAGUCUCAAAGAAUAUGAAAGAAUCCAAUAUAGGAUUUUUCUUGCUGAUAAUAGUUAUUCAUUGCAGUAAAAAUAAACUAUGAUCCCAGUAGGGAAUCUUGAACAAUUCUGGUCUUCCAUUUUCUAUUCUGAAAUAACCACUUUGUUUCAUUUAUUAUUAUUUUUGUCUGGUGAUUAUUUUGAGGCGCAGGUUUCAGAGUUUGGCAGUGCAACAUGAAAAAGAUUAGGAGAAGCGUUGAUGAAGUGUGGGUGGAAAACUCGUUAAAAAUCGGAGAGUGAAGUUUGAGUUAAAAGACAUUUGAACUUUGAAUUGACUGGGAGGCCAAAGAUUCAAAGAAGAUGAUACUCUCAAGACAUGAGUAAGUUGCGUGUUAAUGGUGUAUGUUUUGUGUGCGUGAAUGGGAAUUUGUAAAUGAUGUUGAAUUCUAGGUGAAUUCUUGGCUCCGACAAUCAUUGUCAACAGAAGAUCAAGCUGCAAAUAUUUAUGUUUUAAAAGUUAAAUUAUAAAGCUAGUUAAAUUUAACAACUAGUUUUGAUGUUCAUGGGUACAUUUUAUGUAAGUUGCCUUUUACAUUAUAUAUGAAAAGAUUCAUGUUAAGUACAGAUUGGAGAUUGGGAAUCAGUUUGGGGGUAGAGGUUUUUGUGGAUUCUUUCAUACUACAAAAGAAAAAAUUGACUUAUGGGAAAUUGGGCUUAUUUUGUCUAGUUUUAAAGACUAGACCGCUAAAAACAAAAAUAUGAAGGAAAUUAAAACCCUUUAUUAAACUAAUCUUUGAAAAUAUUGUUACUGAAAAUUGUGUAGGACUUGAGGCCUUUCUUCCAGAAAACAAGGACUUGAUUGUCAGGCCUAUAUUAGGUUCUGAACCUUAAUGCCAUGUAUUUAUACUUAUUAAAAAUUGUUUCAGUGAAAAGCAUAUUAGUAAUUCGAACUUCUGGUCUAGUUGGGAGUUCUUCCAUUUGAAAAAUGUGAUAUUUGCAUGGAACUGUUUGAAUCUUUUUGUUUUCUCAGUUUCCCCUCCACUGGAUAGAAUUUAAGCUAGAAUUUACCCUUUUGAUAAAGGAAUAAAAAGUGAACAUGUUAUUUGUAAAUUGGUGUUUAGUAACUAGAGAUAAACUUGAAAUACUAGAAUACAUUAUAAGCCUAAUCCUAGGUAGUCUUAUGAAAAUGUAUCACUUAACUGUCUUUUGAAUCUGUAUUGUUUUCAAGAUAUUUUAAGUUAUAUUUUUUUCCUCUUCAGAGCUGCUUCUUUGGGGCUUUUUUAAAAAAUUGAAGUGUAAUUCACAAGGGGCAACAUUUUUUGACAAUAACUAUGACUCGAUGUUUUCUCUAGUCUUCCAAGAAGGGUCAUUUUAUUUUUUAGAGUCACUUCUGAAGUCCUGUGGUCUUUAACUUUGGGGACUAUUUUGCAUAUGAGUGCUAAUAAAUAUUUAAACCCAAGUAGACCUCAUCACAUGUCACCCUAUGAAUGUUGACAAUGGAAGGACUACCUUGCCUGUAGUAUAAAUAUCAGUUCUGGACUGAAGCUGGGGAAGAAAUAUAAUUUUCUUUUUUGCAUAAGUCAGAAAAAUAGCUAAUGUAUGGAGUUUCCUUGUUGACCUCAGCAGAUAAACUGAGCUGAUAGUGUUAAUUCAGAUUCAGGAAAUUAUCUGAAUCUUGGUUUGUGUAGAUUUGCAAUCUACAUGCAAUAACUAAAUCAAAUAGCUUUUACAGUUUCACAUGUGUACAUAGGCUCUCCCCUUUCUUUUCAGCAUCCAUUAGUUAUUGAACUUUGUAAACUGGCGUUGAAACAUUGCAACACUGUUUUGUUGCACCAAUUUUAUAAACUUUUACAGUGCAAUACGUGUUAUUUUUCAGACAAACCAAAGGUUAAUUUCUCAAGGUUCUUGCUGCCUGCUUUAGCAGCAUUUGGAGGAUCUUUUAUAUACAUUUGUAAUAGAUGAAAAAUAAAACAUUGCAAAUUUUUUUUCUUCUUUUUUUUAAAUGCUUAAACCAUGUACCAAGUUUUUGGUCCAAAUCAUGUAAAAUAAGUUAAACUUAAAUUGCAUUCUAUUAACCAAUAUGAGUGUAUUUCUAUAAGCAUAGUUAUGUUGAAAUAAAGUUUUAAAAAGCA